CAACGGUCACACUUAAAUUAUCACCGGCAAAAGAAAAACAAAAUGCGUUUUAAAUACUUGUGAAAUUCUAGCUUAAUUACUGUUUACGCUUUCUGAUGUCCACCACAAAUAACUACACAACGGGAGUACUCGUCUAGAUAGUGAACGGAAUCCUGAAAAAGAGAACCUGAAGAAUAGUAAAUACUCACUGGUAUUGAAAUGGAUUCCAAUAUAGAAGUAUUAAUGGGUUUUGCAAGGAACUCAGAAAGCAUACAUGCCACCAUAAAUCCCUUAACGGUUCCUUUCCAUCCACCGCCGGAUUCGGACGUGGAAAUGGCCUCCGUCACGUCAAAUGCCGAAUCGGAUACUAACAAAUCAGAUACCAAAUCAGACACCAAAACAUGUGCAAAAUCAAAUGCCAAAUUAGACGGCAGAUCGAAAUUAGAAUCGGAAGUCAAACCUCAGGCGGACCCGGUGGAGGCUUCCCCUAGAAAGGGGCACCUCAAGAGAACCAAGGAAUGUCCUGCUCCGUUAAAUGCUACUCUCCAGAAACUCAACUGGAAGUGGAACCUGCGGAUCUUGAUCUCAAAUCUGUACAUGAAGAGCGAGGAUCGUCUUCCUGGAGCAUGUGCUUCCAAGUGUCUUUACAAUACUAGCCUAUGCACCGAAAGACAUCGGUGCUCGGUGCUCCCGGAUGGCCCCAAUUUUACGGCCGUUCAGGCGCUGCGAACCACGUUGCAUGGCCAGCACUACGAUACAUUCCUGGACAUCUUGGAGAUGAUGGUCAUGCAGGGUGUCUACCCAGGCGAAGGAGUCUUUGACAGACUGAUAGAUAUGGCCAUGAUCCUAAUUGCUAAAGAGAUAAGCGUGAAGGAGCUGGGCGACACCUACAACAAGCUUAUACGCACCUUCUUUCUUCUGGUCGACGCCUUUCCUCCCUGCUGGACAGCCCUGCGUCCUUACUACUUGAGUUUUCUGGGUGUUAAGAGUCCUGCCUUACGUCAUAUACGUUCAAGCGAUUCUCCCCAAAAGUUGCAGUUUUAUUUGGAUCUUUUUGAGGAAAAUCUCACGCAUUGCAGCGAUGAAGAAAUACGGCAAAAUACCAAAUUCUAUGAAAAGUUUGUGUUUAAUUUUUCAGAAGAAGAGGAUGCGAAUAUGUCACAGGAGACGGUAUUUUUACGACAUGUACAGCAGUAUGACUGGCUGAGUGGAAAGCUUUGCCUGGAUGACUUUAAGAGAAUGUCACCCGCCGUCCGCUUGGCACGGCUAUGUGAUGUAUUGAAUAUGCUCACGUGGGUACUGGAAAUGGAGUUCCUCUCCUGGCUGGAUCAUAACAGGCUUAGGCAGUCGGAGUCGGAGUUGAAUCAGGAGAACUUCAAGUCAUUUGCCUCGAUUGUAUUUGGAAUGUCAGCAGAAACGCGUCUCACCGACAUCGUUAAGCAAAUUAUGAGGUUGUAUGGACAGGCAGUGGCCAAGUCCAUGUUCCCAGAACGCCAGAGGAUUCUCCAGCGCCUUGUUUCUCUCAUUAUCGAGGUAAGCAAUACGGCCGAGCUAAAAUACGUCGAUAAUGCUGUAAUCUAUCCGAAUCUGGGACCCAAAACACGCCUGCUCAUCGCAGACUUCUUCAAGAUCUUUAGAUCACAGAAUCCACCUAAACAGAUUAGCACCUAUCUAAAGACUAUUCCGCUGCUGGACCACCCAUAUCUCCGCUACGAGUUCACUGACCACUUUUUGAGGCUCUUUUCCUUUCCCAAAAAACUUCCAUUUGGACCGCAGAAGGUUGUUGAAGAAUUUACAGCUCGUCAAUGGAUAAAGUACAAACUAAAAAGUGAGAUUGCGGAUGACGACGACGAGCAGUUGUCUCGUGAGGAAUACCUAGCAUUACUUCUUAACGCCUUAAAAGACUACGACAAGUGGUUAAAUCUUGAAGGCUUCUGGAAGUACCUAAAGAGCAAGGAGCUCGUGCAGCCAUUGACUGCGAGGAUCAGUCCUGCAGAAAUGGUUGUAACCGAAGCGCCGGUGUUUAGGCUAGAUACGUUAGAGGAGAAGAUACCCACCUGGAACGCGUACAUGAACAAUAAGAUAUUGAAAGGUCAGCCAAAGGUAAAUCUGCCGGUGGCCAGAAUCAAUAUGGCCAAGAUGUGUGUGCGCUAUGGCGAGGAUGUCCGACAGAUGAGAUUUUUGAGACGACUACUUCAAAUCGACGUUUACAAAGAGGUCGAUGUGUCUGACUGGUUAAUCUAUCUGAACAACUUCAUUGGCGAACCCGAGUCCAUGUCUCCAGCAGGCUCUGCAUCUUUCUUUGAAUCGGGGAGAAUCUGAGUGCCCAUAAAAUUAUUAUAUAUCCGAGGCUCACCUACGUUAAGGAAUAACGUACCAAAAGUUCAAACUUAGUUAUUUUAAGCUUAUGGAAAACAUCAGUGUGUAAAAA